AUGGCCUCUUGGCACAAGGGCGAGGAGAAGGCCAGCCGACAACGAGCCAUCAAACUAGGAGACAGCGGGCCCGAAAAUAGUCUAGAUACGGCACCAAUCAACGGGGCGGGAGGGGGGCGGGAGGAAACGGCGCGGGAAGGAAGCAAGCGAGAAGAGACCGACCGCGUGACGUGACAUAUUGCGGUUGGAUUUCAGCGACUAGUUUUAUUUUUCUGUUGCCCUCUCCCCCGUUUGCUGUCGCGUUCAGACUGUCUCUUCGGAUAUCCCUGUCUCUGUGCGAGUUUGUUUAUGUCCUCGUCUGUCUUUGGUUUAUUUCGUUUCAUUUUGUUUUGCUUUUUACUGGCACGUACUGCUGACCCUUGGGGUCCUUCCGGAAGGCUACCCCCCAGGCUGGUGGUGCGCACGUUCCACUAUUUAUUUAUUUAUUUGUUUCUGAUUCUCUUGCUUUCUUGUAUUUUAUC